AUGAAAAUAGAAAGUCACAGUGUUAGAGUCAAUUUAGUUAAGCCAACGACGUGCGGCAAAGGAAUGGGCAGCGAAAUCAAUUUGUUUGAUCAUACUAAUCGUUUUGCUUACUACUUGAUAUGUAGUGAAAUAUUGCAGAUCACUUUUUUUGUUCCUUCAACAAGAGCCGUCAAGUUAUGA